CAUUUUUCCCAACCCACGUUACCAAAUCAUGUGAUUGAGAGCUCUGUCCCUCACUCUCUCUCUCCGGCCUCCAUUUCCUUACAUAAACUCACUUGAGGGCUACUAAAAGCUUCACAUUCAUAGCCCAAUCAAAGUCUUUUUGGAGCCAAAAAUCCAAGAAAUGGGUUUUGGGGUAGUGGGAGUGAUUUUAAGUCUACUCCUUGUUCUUCAAGCUUCUGGGUUUGUGUCAGUGCAGCAAGCAAACGCAGCAGGAUUCAACACAUUAAAAGGAAGAAAGCAAGCGAGUGGGUGUAAUCUGUUUCAGGGAAAAUGGGUAGUAGACCCCUCUUUCCCUCUUUACAAUUCCUCCACCUGUCCUUUCAUAGACGCCGAGUUUAAUUGCCAAAAAUAUGGCAGACCCGAUACUCUUUACCUCAAAUACUCGUGGCGACCCGACUCAUGUACCCUUCCAAGAUUUGACGGAGUGGAUGUUCUGAAGAGAUGGAGUGGGAAGAAGAUAAUGUUCGUGGGAGACUCACUGAGCCUGAAUAUGUGGGAAUCGCUUUCGUGUAUGCUGCUAGCGGCGGCGCCCAACGCCAAAACCACCUUCUUCCGGAGGGACUCCAUCUCCUCCGUCUUCUUUCAGGAUUAUGGAGUAACACUGCUCCUGUAUCGGACGCCAUAUCUUGUGGACAUAGUGAAAGAGGACGUAGGGCGAGUACUGAAACUAGACUCCAUCGAGGCCGGCAAGGCGUGGCUAGGAAUGGACGUUCUGGUUUUCAACUCCUGGCAUUGGUGGACCCAUACAGGAAACUCUCAGGCGUGGGAUUUGAUACAGGAUGGGACGACACUGUCUCAAGACAUGGACCGUUUGGUAGCAUUUUACAAGGGAUUGACGACAUGGGCCAGAUGGGUUGACCUCAAUGUCGAUCCUACAAAAACAAAGGUCUUCUUCCAAGGAAUCUCGCCUACCCACUAUUUGGGGAAGGAAUGGAAUGAGCCCAAAAAGAACUGUAAUGGAGAGAGUGAGCCGCUAACCGGAUCGAUGUAUCCGGGGGGCGCGCCACCAGCUGUGGAUGUUGUAAAUAGAGUGUUGAGUAGGAUAAAAGUGCCGGUUUACUUGCUGGAUAUCACCACUCUGUCUCAGCUGAGGAAAGACGCUCAUCCUGCUGGUUAUAGCGGCGAGAUCUCUGGGACGGAUUGCAGCCACUGGUGCCUUCCUGGAUUGCCUGAUACAUGGAACCAGCUCAUGUAUGCGGCUCUUUUAACCAUGUGAGCCUCAAAUCAACUUACUUCUCUCAUUUUUCAACAACACAAAAUAAGAAACAGGUAACAGGGAUGGUACACAGAAUAGGAGCAGAUGAAUGGAUAUGAUAGUGUAAAAGGGUGGAUGAUUUGUGGCUGUUGUGAUUACAAACAUAGAAUUUUAGGAAUCAAACUUCUGGUUUAUUCAAUUUAGCUUCUACCCAUUUGCCUCUAUAGCUUCAUUUCAUAGUGAUCUACUUGUCAAAUGAAUUGGCUUUCCUGAACUUAUCUCUGCAACUAGCAGUCUUGUUUGCAUUA